AUGUCAAAAUUCGGCAGGCGAGAUAGUUUGGUACGUCAGGCUAGUCUUGAUCGCUUACAGAAUGCUGCAAUAAAACAACAAAAUGUUGAAAAACAUCGGAAAGAAAUUGCGGAAUCACCGGAAUAUGCUCGUAUCCUAAAGGAACUGAAUGAUGAAGGCAUCGAACUGAUUUGGUCAUUUGACGCCGAUGUACCGAUAAGAAUCGCUGUUGUACUGGCCGCCGAAGAAGAUAGCGCUCAGUUUUUAUCAACAAUUUUGAUGGAAUAUGAAAUGAACGGUGUACGUCUCAAACAUCUGGAAAUACGUCCGGAGCAGGAAAGAAAUGGGUCGUACAUGAUGAUGGAUUCAAAAAAAAACUUGAAAGUGAAGUUUGAAAUUUUUACUGAUUGUGAAUGCACGAAAGAUGCAUUCCUGAAGGCAGCAAAAUGUCUAGCAGGUCGAUAUCACAUCCGACGACUAAACAUUUAUAAUAGUACCGAUGGAUCAUUAGAAAAAAUUCCAUGGUUUCCGAAGCAUAUUUCCGAUCUGGAUAAAUGUUAUCACUGUGUGAUAAAGUACGAACCAACAUCUGACCCGCGACAUCCGGGAUACGGUGAUAAAGCUUAUAUUCAACGAAGAGAGCAACUGAACGCCAUCGCCAAAGCUUAUAAAUAUGGCGAGAAGUUGCCGGACAUUGAAUACACUCCGGAAGAGCACAAAACUUGGGAAGUUGUCUUCAACAAGUUGAAAUCACUGCAUCCUUCUCAUACCUGCGUCGAGUAUCAACAGAAUUUCAGACAGAUGGAACUAGAAGGCCUUUUAGAGUCCACUCGAAUACCGAAAUUAUCGCUUAUUGAUAGAUAUUUACAAAGUAGAACCGGAUUUAAACUUCGGCCAUGUGCUGGAUUACUUUCAGCACGUGAUUUCUUGGCUGGUUUAGCAUUUCGUACUUUCCAAACUACUAUAUAUAUUCGACAUCAUGGUUCACCUCAUCAUUCUCCGGAACCGGAUUUAAUUCAUGAAUUUAUUGGACAUUGUCCGAUGUUUGCGGAUCCGCUCAUUGCCCAGUUUUCUCAGCAAAUUGGACUUCUCUCGUUGGGUGCAACUGAUGAACAGAUCGAACAACUUGCUACGGUUUACUGGUUCACAGUUGAAUUCGGUUUGUGUCGUCAAAAUGGUCAACUAAAAGCUAUCGGUGCCGGAUUGCUUUCAUCAUAUGGUGAACUUAUGCAUGCGUGCUCAGAUAAACCACAACAUGAAGUUUUCAAUCCACAACGUGCAGCAUUGCAAAAGUAUGAAGAUUUCGAUUAUCAGCCACUUUAUUUCGUUGCUGAUUCAAUUUUUGAUGCAGUGACUAAACUAAGAGUCUUCGCGCAAAAUUUUCAACGUCCAUUUAUGGUUACCUAUGAUCCAUAUACAGAUUCAGUGGAGGUUAUAAGAGGAAUAGAAGAUCUGAAGGAUGGAUUAAAUCGCUUCAAAGGCGAAUUGUCAUCAUUUACUGAAGCUGUCGAAGUACUAAGCAAAAAUACGGCUAAGAAGUGA